AAAAUAGGUGAGAAAAAAAUCAAAGCUAAAUCCAGAAGCGAACGAAAAUAUAGCAGCGGCCUUCAUGGUCAUCGCUGCCGCCGCCCCGGUGGCCGGUGCCGCGCCGCCGCCUCCCAAGAAGACAAAGACCGUGACCCUAGCUGCAGCAUCACCACUCACGGCCACAAGAAGGCACCUCUUCCUGGCCGCCGCCGCAUCCGUCUUCCCCACGGCGGCCGCCUCCGCCGCCGCCGGUCGAUUCACUGAGAUCCCCAGCUCCGGCGGCGUCAAGGCCCUGGAGCUCCGGGAGGGUUCCGGCGAUGUCCCGGCUGACGGAGACCAGGUUGCAAUUCACUAUUAUGGGAGGUUGGCUGCGAAGCAAGGAUGGCGCUUCGACUCAACUUACGAUCACAAAGACGCGACUGGUGAUCCUAUACCUUUUGUCUUUACCGUCGGAUCUGGAAAGGUUAUACCUGGUAUUGAGGCAGCAGUGAAGUCUAUGAGAGUCGGUGGUCUUCGUCGUGUGGUCAUUCCACCAUCACAGGGAUACCAAAACACAUCACAAGAACCAAUUCCUCCUAAUUUCUUUGAUCGGCAGAGACUGUUUACUACUAUAUUCAACCCGACGCGCCUCGCUAAUGGCGAGGGUUCCACUCUUGGUAUUGUCAUCUUCGACAUUGAGCUACUCAGCAUAAGGCAGCAUACCUAACUGUUGUUCUUUGGCUAUUGAAAUCUUUGGCACUGUACACUUCUGUCUCAAACAAGCUCUGAGCUAUAUUAUGAUCAUGUUUAUGUCCAAUUCCUCUGUAAAUACAAUUUAUGAAGAAAUGUAAGGUAAUGAUCUCAAUUUA